AUGGCACAGACGGCAGAUGAAGGCAAGGUCGUUGCAGUGUUGGCGGUUGGAUUUGGACUGGUAGGCUUCGACAGAUUUCUCAUCUCAACCAUGUUCCCCGUCAUCGCUGCAGACAUGGGCCUUGGGUACGCCGACAUUGGAAGCAUUGCCGGUGCCCUGUCACUUUCUUGGGGCACAGCAGCGCUGCUCUGUGGCAAUUUAUCCGAUCGUGUGGGCAGGAGGCGUGUACUCGUUGGCUCAUUUCUCAUGUUUUCGCUUCUCAUUGGUGCAAGUGGACUGGCCACCGGACUGUCAUCAUUAAUUAUGGUUCGUGUCCUGCUUGGUUUUGCUGACGGGGCGUUUACGCCAGCAAGCAUCUCCGCGACGAUUGAGUCCUCGUCUCCCGAGCAUGUUGGCCGCAAUAUUGGUAUACAGCAGAUGAUGUUGACGUUGUGUGGCUUGGGCAUCUCGCCACUGGCAGUUGCCGCGCUUCUUCACGUGAUGGAUUGGCGCUGGGUCUUUUCAGUGUUUGUGAUUCCUGCACUUCUGACUGCGUGGUUGACUGCACGAAUAAUUCCAGAUGCGCCAGCUGGAGCGCACAACGAGAAGCAAGGCCCACUGUCAGAUUUGAAGCUUGUGCUGUCUUACCGGAACGUCUGGAUCGCAAUGAUGACAUGCUGUGUUGGCUCGCUUGCCUGA